UUAUAUUUUAUCGACUUUACAACAUUUACAAUUAUCAUUAAUAUUGUCCAUGAAUUCCUUCUUCAAAAACAACUAAUCGUAAAGAAUGUGCAUGUCAAAGCCCCAACAAUUAAAAUAAUUUUGACUUUUAUUGGAUAGUAAGCAAAAUGAAGUGUCCCUGCACGAGGCGAUUCUUCCUAACUUUCUGUGUUCUCACUCUGUUAGAUUGGCCAUUAAUCAGCGUGGCUUUUACCCACCUCCAAAAUUGCGACCCAGAGACCUUUCCAAAGUGGCGCCAAUCUCAUUGCUCGUUCCGUGAAAUGUGUGAACAGAGGUGGACAAUAUCUAGUAGGGCUGGAUUGGAUAUUUGGGAGCGAAAUGCCAUCGUGCACGCAGUGAACAUGUUGCGAGAAUUCGUCGCUUCAGGAAGCUCCUCGCGUCUCCCUGGAGCCUCAAAUAUGGAACAAAUGAUUUGGAGCGAUGACAUGGCUGAACUGGCCUUGCGGCUCUAUGACCAACAAUGUAGGACGGCCAGGGAACACUUGCUCGAAAAGCACCUCAAAAUGAAUGAACGCUUUUACCUCAACAAAUUGGAAUUUGUUGGAAAAACUGAAAAAAAUGAGCUAUUGCGAGUGCAGAGUUUAUUCUUAGACACCGUCUUUGAGCCCACAGUGUGUGGAUGCGAAAUUGACAUCAACGAUUUCAAGCCAGGACUACGACAGCCUUAUGAUGACUUUGCUCAGAUCAUGUGGGCAGAAUCAUUCAUGAUAGGCUGCAGCAGGAUCAGAUUUGUGAGAGACACAGACUUUGAUCGUUUCUUUGUCUGCUUUUUUGGACCAGGAUUCUCUUCAACAAUUGGUCAAAACAAAGUGUCCAUCUACCAAGCUGGCAAGCCGAAGUGCAAAACACCAUCAAAGGUUUACCCUUCGUUAUGCGCCAAUGAAAUGUCCGAAAAUGUGACACACCCUUGCCUGGACCGAUCUUUUUCCGUCGUCUACAAAAGUCUCUGCGAUGCGUCCAUUUAUAAUAUCACCUGCGACCAAGUUGAUGCAAAAAUGGGCACUGGUGGCUUGUCCCUGAUUUCCUGGAUCCUCAUUUGGGUGGCUAACGGGACGCUUUUCACUGUAGUGGUUGGCGUGAUCGUCUAUUUCUGGGACGACAUCAAAGACAGAAUUUUUUAAUAGUUAAAAUGUUUUCUAAAAAAAAUCGCAUGUUAGUGUUUCCCACUGCCAUACAAAAGAUCAAAGUCACUAUCAAAAUGAUCAGAAACAUAAGUGAUCAAAAUAUAGGGAUUGGAAGCAGUUGUCAAUCAAAAUUUUAUUAAAAACCUUAUGUUGCCACAGUCCACAAAAUCAACAUUUUCAAUGUGCUGUUUGAUUUAAAAUUUGUAAAAUCUCAAGUAAUCAAAAAAGGAAAUGAAAAAUUAAGUACUAUGAAUUGAUCGAAGCUAAUAAUCCUAAUACUAAAUUACGGUAAAUUACUGAAACUUGUAGAUUAUUAUGUAAAGUUGAUAAUAUAGGCUGUGAUAAAAUAAUUUAAUGGUUUUGUUCGAUUUACAAGACUUGCAUUAAGCUGUAAUAGUUCAGAUGGUUAAGAUUCGUGUAUAAACGCAUUACAUUACAUACUUAUAUUGUUAGUCGCCU